UAUAGGCUUGACCAGGCCAGCUUGUCGCUGCCAUUCACUGUGUAUUCGACAUCUGUCCAACAAGAUGAUAUCCUAUCUUUCUUUGGUCUUCAUUGCCAUUUUUGGCAGCUUCUUCGGCGUCGUCUCCUUCUUUGUUUACCUAUUCACGCCGCCUAGCAACUUCCCCAAGAACAUUCCAACAAUCCCGUUCUACUACGCACUUCUCCCACUCUUCAAAGAUGUGGACCAGGCCGAGCUUUACCGUCAGUACAUGAAGGAGCCCCUGGAGAAAUAUGGAGCAGUAAAGCUGUUCUUUGGUGGCCAAUGGAACAUCCUAGUACGCAAGCCUGCGUAUAUUGCCGAGGUCUUCAAAUACGAGGACGUUUACGCAAAGGCAGGAAACCAGAUCAAGAUCCCGCAUAGUCUUGUGGCGGAGUACACUGGCGAGAACAUCAUCAGUUCACAUGGAGAGAAGUGGAAGCUGUAUCAUGGUGUUCUCAAACCAGCUCUGCAAGCGGACCAAGAUUCGACUAAGAUCUGGGAGAACUCAAAACUUCUAAGGGAUAUGUUCCUAAGCAACUCGAAGCAAGCCAAUGGUGCAGGCAUCCCUAUCUACGUUCCUUGCCAUCGAGUCGCACUUGCCAAUCUCUCAGACGUACUGUACGCAUCGAGUUUCGAAACAAUGCAGCGUCCUGACGCACUACUGCACGCAAUCCAGAUGAAGAUUAAGCCGAUUAUCUUCAACCCAAUCUUCAUGAACUUCCCGUUCCUUGACCAUCUGCCGCUCAAGAUAAGAAAGCUUGGUCGCGCACUCAACAAGAACUUCCGAAGCACGCUACGAACCUCGAUCACAAAAGGGCACAACCACGUCUGCGACCCCAACGACCAUAAGAACGUUGCAUGCAGACUGAUCGGAGCUCAUGACGAAGGACGCCUAACAGACAAGGAUCUUGAAGACAAUAUGGUCAGCACUUUCUUGGCAGGACACGAGAACCCACAACUUGCGCUCAUGUCGCUCAUGUAUCUCCUCGGAGCCCAUCCAGAGGUUCAAGAGGCGGUCCGCAAGGAGAUCCUGACCCUCUAUCCUGCUGAUGCCCCCGCCGACUACGAGCCUUCUUACACCGAGAUCCACGACUUACCACUCUUGAGUGCUGUUGUAUACGAGGGUCUACGCAUGUUCCCCCCGAUUUCGCAACUGAUCAAUCGCCGUACUGCGGAACCCGUCGUAUUAGGUGGCAAGAUUCCCGUACCAAAGGGUGUAUUUAUGGGCUACAACGCAUACUCAACUAACCGCGACAUCGAGUUCUGGGGCACCGACUCCGACGAUUUCAAGCCUGAACGCUGGGGCAAGAACAUGGAUGAGAUCAACCAUCUUUACCGGAAAGCGAACUCUAAAGGUGCUUUCAUCAGCUUCCACGGAGGACGGCGAGCAUGUCUGGGACAAAAGUUCGCCAUGCAGCAGCUUCGCAUCACGAUCCUCGAGUUGGUGAGGGGUUGUAAGUGGAAGGUGGACGAGAGCUGGGACGGACGCAUGACUCCGGCUGGACCGCUCUACCCGCGAGGUCUUAAGAUGAAAUUCCAGUCGUUGUAAGAAGCUCGUCGGCCAAAGCAACAAGCAUGUGCGAUGAUAAAUCUUGGUCGCUGUGCUUUGGCAAGGUUAAGCAGAUAUACUGUGCAUAGCGUUGGUGUUUUUGGUUCAACGCAAAUACCCCAAAUUGGGCAGAGCAUGCAAGUAACAUUUAGCUGGCACCAUCAAAAUUCAUUGCAUGCUUCAUCUCUUCGGUCACCACACAUACGCGUUACAUUGGAUUUCCAGCCUGUACGUGCGUGUCGUACGCAUCAAUGCCUCGUAAUUGAUACCCACCAACACAACAUUACAUCGAUCUAUGCCAUUCAUACUGUUAGGUACGGGCCCGCGAUACUUAGCACUAUC